AUGCGUAGUGUGUUGGCAUGGAGUGACAAAGUGCCUGAGCGCAAUGGCGAGAAAUUUGUGGUUCAGGAUUUGGCAUUUCGACCUGACGGAACUCAAGUUGUGGCAGCUGUGGGCACUCGCGUGCUGGUAUAUGACGCAGUUGAUGGUACAUUGCUACACUCGUUAAAGGGUCAUAAAGGGACAGUGUAUGCUGUAGACUAUUCACACGACGGCAAACGCUUCGCUUCCGGUGGAGCAGACAACAUCGUCAUCAUCUGGACGGACAAGGCCGAAGGAAUCCUCAAGUACACACACAACGACAGUAUCCAGAAAUUGGCCUACAAUCCUCAAUCGCAAUGUCUUGCAAGCUGCACAGCGUCGGACUUUGGUCUCUGGGCUCCGGAGCAAAAAUCGGUGGCUAAACACAAGGUUGUGGCUAAAAUCAUAUCAGCUUGUUGGAGCAAGGAUGGUCAGCUGCUGGCACUUGGUCUACUUAACGGCAACGUGACUUUGAGAGACAAAAUGGGAGCGGAGAAGAGGCUUAUUGAACGAUCGAGUGCACCAGUUUGGGCAUUGGCGUGGAGCCCAGCACUUGAAGAUGACUCUACCGAUAUCCUCGCUGUCGGAUGUUGGGACCGAACAUUGUCAUUCUACAGUCCGAGUGGCGUCAUGCAGGGCAAAGCUCGCAAACUAUCGUUCAAUCCCACCAGUCUCACUUACUUUAGUAAGGGUAAGUAUCUCCUCGUAGGCGGAAGCAAUCGUAAGGCUGGACUCUAUACCAAGGACGGCAUUUUCCUCGUCGGGAUUUGUGAGCAGGAAAGCUGGAUCUGGGCAAUCAAGGCCCGACCGAAGACGAAUUUUGUGGGUGUAGGCAGUGAGGAUGGCACGCUGUCCGUGUUCUGCCUUGUAUUUGGCACUGUGCAUGGCAUCUACCAGGAGCGCUACGCCUAUCGCGAACAUCUUACAGAUGUGAUCGUCCAGCAUUUAAUGACGGAGCAAAAAGUUCGAAUCAAGACUCGCGACUGCGUCAAGAAGCUCAGCGUGUAUCGUGAUCGCCUUGCAGUUCAGCUUUCGGACCGAAUCAUCAUCUAUGAACUCGCAGGUAACAACGCGACCAAUGCCAGUUACGACAUGCACUAUCGCGUUAAAGAACGUAUCACGAAGGACCUGCCAUGCAGUUUGUUAGUUGUCACCAGUUUGCAUUUUAUCCUGUGUCAGAAGCAAAAGCUGCAACAGUAUGACUUUACGGGACGAAAAGAGCGCGAGUGGGUGUUAGAGUCGCUUAUCCGAUACAUCAAAGUGACGGGCGGUGCUCCUGGUCGUGAAGGUCUUCUUGUCGGAUUAAAAGACGGCUCAGUGUGGCAGAUCUUCAUCAAUAAUCCGUUCCCGAUUCCCCUCAUCCAGCAAAGCAGUCCAAUCUCCUGUCUCGACAUCAGCGCCAACCGAGAAAAACUUGCUGUCGUGGAUGAUUCGCACAAGUGUUUAGUGUACGACUUGGCCACCAAGCAGCUCCUGUUUGAAGAAGGAUCCACUAACAGUGUGGCUUGGAACACCGAGUGUGAAGAUAUGCUGUGUUUCGGCGGUAAUGGGCAGCUCAAGAUCCGUGCGGGUCAGUUCCCAGGCCACACUCAACGGAUGCAGGGCUUCGUCGUGGGUUUCUCGGGCUCUAAGGUCUUCUCACUCAGUGCGCUGAGUGUCCAAACGAUCGACGUACCUCAAUCUGCACCUCUGUAUCGGUACCUGGAGCAGAACAACUUCGAUCAAGCCUACGCAGUGUCGUGUUUGGGUGUCACAGCUGCAGACUGGCGUUUGUUGGCGUGGGAAGCCCUCAAGAGCAUGCGCUUCUCGGUCGCCCGUAAAGCUUUCAUCCGUGUGCGAGACGUUCGCUACAUUGAGCUUGUGAACGCUCUAGAGCAGACUUGGAAGCAGCAACUUCCACAGAGUGAAGGCAGCAACCGGGAAGGUGAAGAUGUCGGCGGAGAAGCGGGGAAGAAGGUCAAGGCUCUUCUCCAGGCUGAGAUCAUGGCACAUCAGGGCAAGUUCCCACUGGCUGCCAAGUUGUUCGCAGACUGUGGGGAACCAGCACGUGCCAUCAAAAUGUUCGCAGAUCUCCGCAUGUGGGACGAAGCCAAGCGCUUUGCUACGGCUCGACAGGCAGGAGAUGUCCAGCAGCUCGUGCUCGCACAAGCUCGGUGGGCUGAAGACGUCCAGGACUGGCGAGCUGCUGCCGAAAUGUACGCUGCGAGCGGCAAUUACGUUCGUGCUGGAGAGAUCCUGGGCGAACACGGUUGGCUUGAUCAACUCUUGGAGCUCACACGUAGACCUGAAGUUGCAGCCAACUCGCAGUUACUCGGUAUAGCUGCCAACUUUUUCUUGAAAGGAGGACAGUUCGCCAAUGCCCGUGAUGUGUACUUGAAACUCGGAGAUCUCGACGCGUUGCUGCAGAUGCACAUCCGACUGCAGGAGUGGGAAGAAGCAGUUCGCUUGGCUGAUAGACACCGAGACAGCGUUCGUCGACCGGAUGAGGUCUUUGUGCCGUACGCGCAGUGGCUGGUGACACAGGACCGCUUCGAUGACGCGUUGGAAGCGUACACGCGAGCGCAGCGACCUGAUCAGUGCUGCAAGUUGCUCUGUCAACUGAUAGACAACGCUGUCAGUGAGCGUCGAUUCCGUGCGGCGGCUUAUUAUCAUUGGAGACUCUGCGAGCAGCAGAUGAAGACCAUCUUGGACUCCAAGCAGCAAGUAGAAGAUCCCAUGGAGCUGAACGAGGAACAACGUACACGACUCGCAGAAGCGACAGAGAAUGAGCUCUUGUCCGAGCUCUACUACGCGUACGCUAUGAUCUACGCGUUCACUGACGAGCCAUUCACCACUUUACUGCCAGAGUCGCUCUUUCAUGCUGCUCGAUUCCUUCUCAACAAACUGUCGGCUCGAGGAAGCAACGGCAGAGUGGGAGGAGGCAAUGGCAACACCGUGGUGACAGCGCCUCCUCCUCCUGGGAUCUCUCUCUGCAACAUCUACUUCACACUCGGACAUCAUGGACUGCAACUGGAGAGCUACAAACUGGCACGGCAAGCGUAUGAUAAACUGCUGCAGAUGAAGUUGAGACAGGACUGGCAGUCUGUUGUCGAGUGCACUGCCAUGACACUGCAAGCUAGACCGUAUGCCGAUCGCGAGGAACUGCUGCCUGUAGACUACCGCUCGUCCACGGUGAAUCCUCUGCUGAACCCCAACAACACUGGCGAUGUCUGCGUCAACUCCGGGCAUCCGUUCGUGCGCUCCUUCGUGUCGUUCGAGAACCUCCCGCUUGUAGAGUUCCAACCCGAGCCUGGUCUCUCGGACGCAGAAGCGGAGGAACUCAUCUUGAUGCACCCAACAGACACAGGAGGCAGCAAUAAGCGAGCAGGCGAUGGCUGGCGAGAGACCGACUACGGUAAUGGAUCCCAGAGCAUGAAACUCGAUGACGAUGAACCGGAGCGCGCAGAAGACCGGGCAAAAGACGGCACGGAUCUGUUCGAGCAAGCUCUGAACAAGCAGGCGACGUAUGGCUCGAGUGUCGGCCAUCGCUCAGGGGCGGCUCAAUAUCGCGUCCUUCAACUGGACGCUCGAACGUUGCGUGCUCUCCGUCCGAACGAGGUCUUCAUCGUCAAGUAUCCCACACGAGCCAUCCGUCCCAAGUACUACAAGAACAUGAUCCCAGAGAUCAAAAUCUACCUGUCACCCCACUGCCGUCGCUUCUUCCACGAGGAAGACUUCGAGUUCGAGUACCUCAAGGCUGGUCACUGUCCAUGUUGCCAAGUGCCAGAGCUCGUGGCGUUGAAUCCUCCAGCACCAGAAGACGACGAAGUCGACAGUCUACUGAACGGAUCAAAGCUCAACAAGUGAGAUAAAACGUAGUAAAAACCAGCAGAAGAAAUGCAAAACUACCAUUACUGAAGCGUUCGGUACCUUGAGCACAGUGUCAGCUAAUAUAAUACCGUCGUCUCAAGCAAAACUCUUAAGCCUGAG